AGUCAGAGGACACAUGCACUGAGUGCGAGCUGUCGCUGAGGACCUGGCAAAGGGAGGGAACAGCCAAGAAUCAGAGGAAGGCGAUAGCUCCUGUCCAAAAGUUCACUUUACACCAGGAGAGAGACAUAGAGCAGGCACUGUGAGGAGGCUGCUGUGUGUUGAGUGUUUACCGGGGAAAAGGUCGAGAGUGCUGGUGACAGACUCCAACUGUGCGCCCGUGACCCUCAUAUCCGAAGAGGUUAAUUGAGAAGCACAAGAUCUGAAACUUCUGUUGUUGACCUCUUGGGUUGAGAGGUCAGUCAGGCUGAGACCUACAAGUCGCCCCCCUCGCAGCUGUUUUCUGCUUUUCUCCUCCUGUCAACCCCUUCACUCAGAUUUGCACUGGGACAGUGUCAAGCUUUGAAGAAUUGCUAUUGUGACUUGUUGAAGUUACUUCUGGAAAGAACGAAAAAGAAAAGUGUGCGCCAUACAAUGUGGAUUAACAAGGCUCACUAUUUACCUUUGAGUUCUAGUGGAUAUGGAUUCACCCUCGGUCUCUGGAGGCUCAGUGCAUUCCUCCUUCAGGUCCUGUUGCUGUCUGUCCUUGGGGAACGACUGACCAGUGCAUGGAGACCUUCACAGGCCCGGCUCCGGCUCACCUUCUCAGAGUUGAUGUCAAACAAGCGAAUCAUCCCACUCAGCUUCAGUGCUUCCAACUUGCAUUCCAUAAUCCUCGAUGAGGACAACCGAAGACUCUACGCAGCUGCAAAGGACUACCUCCUGACCUGCAAUCUGGACAACAUCUCAAGUGGUGAAAAGAAGUUAUACUGGCCAGCCACACCUGAGAGGAUAGAUGAAUGCAAAAUGGCUGGGAAGGACCCUGAUCUGGACUGUGGCAACUUCUUGAGGGUCCUCCAUUUCUACAACCAAACCCACCUGUACGUCUGUGGGACUGGAGCUUUCCACCCACGCUGUGCAUACAUUGCCACGUCGAUAUUCAACAGGGCUGAUCAGCUGAUGCUACAUCACGAACAGACUGAGUGUGGCAAAGGGAAAUGCCCUUACGACCCACAACAGCGGGUGGCCUCAGCAAUGAUUGAGGGUGAGUUGUAUGCCGGCAUUUCCUCCGACUUCAUGAGCCGGGAUGUGGCAUUCUUCCGCAGCCUGGGACACCGUCGCACGAUUCGCACUGAGCAAUACGACUCAAUGUGGCUCCAAGAUCCUAGAUUUGUGAAGGUCCAUGCCAUUGCAGAGAGCAACAAUGCAGAGGAUGACAAAGUGUACUUAUUUUUCACUGAGCAUGCUCAGGAAGUGGACAAUGGCAACGGGAAGGUGAUUUACUCAAGAGUGGCCCGGGUUUGCAAGAAUGACAUUGGUGGUCAACGCAGUCUGGUAAACAAAUGGAGCACCUUCCUGAAGGCACGCCUGGUGUGUUCCAUUCCCGGGUCUGAGGGAAUCCAAACCCAUUUUGAUGAACUGCAGGAUGUCUUCGUGCUCAAUGGGAAGGACAAAAAGAAUCCACUGAUCUACGGAGUUUUCACAACGUCCAGCAAUAUUCUCAAUGGGUCAGCUGUCUGUGUGUACAAGAUGGCUGACAUUGUAAUGGCCUUCAAAGGUGAAUUUGCACACAAAGCGGGUCCUGACUACAAGUGGGUGACCUAUCCGGGGCGUGUCCCCUUCCCUCGCCCUGGAACAUGUCCCAGCAGCACCUAUGGGAGCUUCAGGUCAACCCGUGAAUACCCGGACGAGGCAAUCUUCUUUAUCCGGACUCACCCGCUCAUGCAUGACUCGGUCUACCCUGUGAGUCAACGGCCAGUGCUGAUGCGAGUUGGCAUGGAUUACAAGUUUACUCGGCUCUCUGUGGACCGGGUUGAGGCUGUGGAUGGACAGUAUGACGUGAUAUUCAUUGGAACAGACACUGGAGUGGUCCUAAAAUCUAUCUAUGCUCCCAAAGCAAACCAGGAGGUAGAAGAGAUCAUUCUAGAAGAGUUGGAGGUAUUCCAGGACAAAUCACCCAUCACUUCAAUGACCUUGUCCAGGAAACGGCAGUGGCUCUACGUUGGCUCAAAGAGUGGCUUGGCCCAGGUCUCCUUGUACCAGUGUGAUUUAUAUGGUAAGGGCUGUGCUGAAUGCUGCCUGGCGCGGGAUCCUUACUGCACCUGGAACGGAAGCUCCUGCAGCACAUACUUACCCAGCAGCCGCAGAAGACACACUCGACAGGUCGCUCUGAAUGGAGACCCUUUGACUCAGUGCUUCAACCAGGGAGGGGCCAUGCAUACCUGGACUGAAGAGAAGGUGAUGUUUGUUGUUGAGGGGAAUAGCACAUAUUUGGAAUGCAUUCCCAAAUCACAGCUUGCUACUGUCACGUGGUUGCUGGAGUCGAGUGACAAGAGUGGGCGGUUGCAGGAGGUUACCUUUGGGGACCAGAUCAUUCCAAUAGAGCAAGGAUUGCUGAUUCGCCAGGUAAAUCACUGGGACGCAGGUGUCUACCAUUGCCAAAUUGAGGACCAUGGCUUCCGCUGGACACUGCUGAAACUGCGACUGCACGUGGUCACAGCUGACCAGGUGGUCAACCUACAUGAUGGCGAUGACCACUCAGCUGGCCCUGUGAAGGACCACUCCCUUCUGGAUCCCAGCCACGGCACUCAGCCAUGGUACAAGAAUAUCAUGACCCUCAUCAAUUACCCAUCCAAGGUGGACUUCUACUGCGAGCAGGUCUGGCAGAAAGACUUCAAGAAGAAAAGGAACAAACUGCGGCUGAGCAAGAAUCACCGCAGUGUGGAGCCCAGCAGGAGGAACAAACCGCCAGCAAGAGGCAGAAGGAACAAAAACAAACCACACGUCAAACUUCUACGGUCACCCCGCAGUACCUAGCACUACUAGGGUCACAUGGCAAAGACACUUGUCCAAAGUACAAUAGAAGAAGGCUCUCCAAACUCUCAAUCUUUCCAAAACCAUUUGGAAUCCAGUAAAUUAAAGGCUUCGCUUGCAAUACAACCUUUGGACGGACAGAAUGAUCACCUUAUUUUGGCUGAGGGUAGUUAUGUAGUUCCCCCAUCUCUCCUCUCUCUCCCAAUGUGGAGAGAUUUCCAAUUAGUCCUUAUUUGAAACAGAUGGGAUUAGAGGGGAACUCUUCGUUCCCAGCUGACUGUAUUGUCGGAAAAUGAUGGGUUUAUAUAGGGUCUUUAAGUAUCAUUCGAGCUGGUCAGCUGCUCAUGGGCCUAGGGAUAUAAAGAGUUUAUUGACAGUGAAGAAUACCACAUUUCUGCUAUAUUAGAAAGAAGCAAUGGCAAUUGGCUUAAACCAUAACUCUAGGUAGUUAGCUGGCAUUAGACUGGAUAAGUGGCUGUUCAAGUGUAAAUGUAGAAAGUGUCUUAAUCGUUUCAACCACUAUUUAGAAAAUCCAUACAAGUUAGGGAACCUCUGCAAACUCUAGGUAUUUCAGUAAAACAACAGGAGAUUGAAAAUUAAAUCUGGUAUUAAAGUUUUCCCAAUGACCCACAGGGUUAAUUCACUGAGCUACUGAGCCAUAAACAUUCAAUUCUUGGUCUUCACUAAGUGUACAGACCUCAACACAUGGCGAUGAAGGAAAGCAUUACAAGUGAUGGGCUGGGGCCAGAUAAAGUUAGCCAGGGUUCCUGAUCACUUUCCAGUUACCUCUACUCGAAAUGUAUUCAGUGGACAUUAAAGUCAGGAUCAGGCUCAGCUAUAAUUCAUCCUUACCAAUGUUCAUUGUCAAAGCUUACAAUGAAGAAUGGUUACUUGGGUAAAAUAUUGCUGAGCCAGUAGCCAGUGCAGCAACCUCCAACAAAGAGUCAACCGCUUCACAGAGGAGUAGAUGGAAGAAAACAGGCAAAGAAAAUUGCUGUGAUAAAAAUAGUGUCUAACCAUUACUGUAAAACAACUCGAGUUUAUAUUAGAAUUACAGAUGGAUUUUCCCGGCCAUAGGCAUGGUUAGAGAAGGGGGUGCGAGGAGCUAGGAAAAUAGAGGAGGGAAGCAUUGGGAAGGCUCCCGACGCAUUCCAACUUCCAGGGAACUUUCCCAGAGGAGCCUGGGAACUGGAUCAGCUGCCCGCUGCACAGAUCCAGGGAGCCAAUUAAGGCUUCACUUGGAGGCCAUUUUGCCACAGCGCCGGUAUUUUCCUGGAACAGCCCCCUGCUGUAUGCAGAGGCCAUGACUCACUGGAGGUGCCUCCUAGUAGGAGGCUAGAUGGCCAUCAGAGCCGGAGGAUCCAUGUCUCAAUGCUGGGGCUGGGGAGAUGAACCGCCGCAACCAUCACAACUGCAGCUGUAUGCCGAGACCGAGGCCAUGAGGAUGGUUUCCUCUCCAUCCUGAUGACCCCGAUUCAGGCCAUUUUAUUUGAUGAACUCUCUGCAGGAAACCAUGGUCACGUCUGUGUUGAGGCUCUCUCAUGCUUGCCUGCCUGCCUCGACAGCACCUACCUCUUCCAAUGGGGCCACAGGCCUGACAUGCUAUGGGUCCUGUGAUUGGGCCUGGAACCUUUGGAACCCGUCUGUCAUCCUCAAUAAGACGGCAAGGGCAGAGGGAACCAAUUAGGAGGCUGGUUCCCAGAAGGCUGUGCUGGCGGGUUCAUAUAUGGGCCUGACAUCGGGAUUCUGACGCCCGCUGGAAAAUCCAGCCCUUAAAUUCUGCAAAUUGAGCAAUGAAGGAUAAACACUUACAUCCUGCAACUGAUCCCAUGUGUUCAUUUGGAGUGUAUUCAGUUCCGAGCUAAAUGUAACAAAUGACCUUUCCCUUCUUUCAUACUGUUUAUUGAACCUCUUAAAUUAUUAUUUAGACAAAUCAUCAGAGUUUCGCAAGCAAACCAAAAACAGUCAGUUUGGAUUGUACUCGUGGUGGGAGAUUCACUUCUGGCCACUCAUAUUGCACAAUCUCAGCCACACAACUUCAUGUUUUCUGACAAUGGAAAAGUAUGGGUUACUGGUGUAUCUUCCAGUCAAUGUCUACACCACCCUGGCUUCUUUUUUAUGAUUUAACCACACACGAUAUUGGGAUGCUGUCCUUGAAUUUACUGGCCCCUAAAUUCAAAAAUUUAAAGUUGACAUUUGGGGUCCGGAUAACCUUUCAUCAGAACGAUGAAGGUCACCUCGAGCUGAAACGUUAACUCCGUUUCUCCCUCCACACAGGCUGCCAGGCCUGCUGAUUAUUUUCAGCAUUUUUUUUGUUUUUAUUUCAGAUAUUCAGCACCCACAGUAUUUUGCUUUCAUAUUAGUGUUCAAAGUUGUGAAAUUCUUUUCCAAUUGCUAAAUAACUUUUUUUUUUGUACUUCAUAUUAGGGCGUGAUUUUCCGGCCCUACCCACUGCUGGGAUCAUCCGGUCCCACCAGAAGUCAAUGGACACACGGCUGGGCCGCCAUAUCCCACACUGUGGAUCCCGCCAUGACGGGGCCGGAAAAUCCUGGCCACAGUGUUCAAAAAUUUAAAGUUCUUUUCCAAAUGCUAAAUUACUUUUGUUAAACUUAAAAACUUCCACCCUAUUUUAUCACAACAAAAUACUGGCAGAAGUUGCUUUAGUCAGCAGAAAAAUGUCACCACUUACUUUCAGAUUACGAUAGCCACAUGUUUUCAGCGGGUUGGAAUAUUGGCCUUUCACAUAUAGGGUGUGGGUGUGAAUCUUGCCCAGGUUGGUGCAAUAAAAUCUUGUGAUAGCCCCAUUUGAGAUUGCUUUGACCAAUCCCAACCCAGUACCCAGUAAGCAUAAGGAGUCAGCAUAAGAGUGGCCCUAAUUUGCCCUACAUUACACCAAAUUCAUAAUCUCCUUUAAGGAUGUCUAGUUGGAAAGAGGAAUUGUAGCAGGUGAAAUUUUCUGUUUGGGUCAGAAUUGUAUUUCAACACUGAUUGCUUGUUUUGGAGCAUUCCGUGUUGACGAGAGUUCUUAAUGAAAAUAGUCCAUGGGAUUGAUGUUUAUCAUCUUGAUAAAUACAUUGACUAAAACUCUGAAAAGAGAAAAGUGAGAAACUUUUAAUAUUGAUGGGGAAACCCAGAAAUUGUGGUGCAAGUCCUCUUUGGCUCAAGUGAACGGCUUCAAUCAAUAUUAUUUCUUUCCAAUUGGUGAUAUAAGAGGACUGAUAAGGUCACUAGGUGUGUUAGCUCCAAAUCCAACUAAAAUAGCGUAGCCUAGCCUAUGUGUUUUCGGACAUGUUAAAGUUGCCAUAUAACUAUUGGUUAUUGUUACUGUGUCCUUGGUAAGAAAGUGAAAAUGCAAGAAUGGUCAGUAAUUUCAUCCUUUUGAUCAUGUUUUCUUGUGCACAUGUGUAUUUUCUAUAUUCUAAUUACGUGCAGAAAUUGAUACCACAUAAUUACUGACAUCUAUGCCACACAUCCUAACAUGCAUUAUUAACAAUUGGCAGAGUGACUGGAAAGAAAGUUUCCCACAAAGUAUAAAACCAUUGUAAAUAAGCCUAAGAGUAUCCUUAGGCUGAGAGGUAUGUUGGCCAUGUCAAUUAAAACACUGACUUUUCACUGACUAGCCGUAGUUUUAGGCUAAGGGCUGGUAGAUUGAAAUCAGAGAUGAGGAGGAAUUACUUUUCUCAAAGGGUCGUGAAUCUGUGGAAUUCACUACCUCAGAGUGCAGUGGAUGCCGGGACGCUGAAUAAAUUUAAGGUGGAGAUACAGAUUUUUAAUUAGUAAUGGGUUGAAAGGUCGAGGGAGAAUUGAGAAAGGGAGAGGACGGGAAAUUGGAGUUGAGGCCGAAAUGAGAUCGUAAUGAUCGUAAUGAAUGGCGGGGCAGGCUUGAGGGGCUGAAUUGCCUACUCCUGCUCCUUGUGUUCUUAUGUUCACCCUGGAAUUUGAGUUGUGAUCUCUUUUGAAUUCAUUCUCUGGAUAUGGGCAGUGCUAGCAAGCCCAGCAUCCAUUGCCCAUCUCUAUAAUCUGAAACCCAUGCCAGAUCAAAGGAAUCCAAUGACUGUAAGCAGAGACAUGGUCAGGUAUAAAGAAUUGGGAUGGGGGAGGGGUCUGUAGGAAAUUGUAGAAUUUGCAGAGUGGGACAGAACACAUCAAAAAUUGGUGAGGGACAGGGACACAUCCUCUCCAUGUUUGCGCCUACAACAGUAAGGAUGCCACACGAAAUGAAUUUGGGGUUAGACUCAACAGAACUCCAAAUGACCAGAAAUAGAUCAACACGUAGUUUCCCAUAAGUCUGAAGUUAGGGGUUGAGGCACUGACAAAGUAAUAUUCGGGAGUGGUGGGUUAUUUGAAGCAUAGUUAACUUGUUUUUCUUAUCCAUUCAGGGAUAUGGGCAUUACUGGCAAAUCCAGCAUUUAUUGCCCAUCCCUAAUUGAGAAGGUGGUUGUGAGCAGCCUUCUUGAACAGCAGUAGUGCAUCUGGUGUAGGCACUCCCACAGUGCUGUUAGGGAGCGUUCCAACAUUUUGAUUUCAGCAAUAAUGAAGGAACAGCAUUAUAUGUCCAAGUCAGGAUGGUGUGUGACUUGUAAGAUAACAAGGUAACACAGAGGUGGUGGUGUCCUUAUGCACCUGCUGCUCUUGUUCUAGAUGAUGCAGGUCAAAGGUUUGCAAGGUGCUGUCAAAGAAGCCUUGGCAGUCCAUUAACAUUUAUUUCUCAUUAACUUUCCACCUUUUCCUAAAACGCACAAUGCUUCUAUCAGGUUACAAUUGCAUUGAGGAUUUCCAACUUAGUAAAUUUAAAAAAAAAUUCUGUAGGCCCUGGGCUCUUUAUUUUUUAAGUUCAUGGUUUAAUAAACCUGACAAUUGUAACCAGGUUACAAAAAUGUUAUCAUAUUCUUCAGAAGGUUAGAUUUGGUCAUAAAUCAGAGGCCGUUUAACCUAUGCAGUGAACAGCUUCAGCUUAUUAUAUGACCUCAUUUACAAAGUGUAAAUGUAAAGCUAUUUAAGUCAGAUGUUACCUGGGCAGCAUUUAUGUAAGAUAGUGUGAAAAGCGUUCACAUUGUUCUACAUAAUGGGAAGAUGGUUCCGAAGGUAUUAAAUGCUUUCUUUGGUAUUAUUUAAUUUUAUUUGUUUUUUUCUGUACAUUUGUUUGUUUUCAUUGAGAUGUGUAUAUAUUUAGUUUGUGUAUUGACCGUGUUAUUAAUAAUGGCAAUGUCUUGCAUCUCAGCUUUGAAAUAAAAUUGAAUCUUCUAA